CAAAUGUUCGGUUCGGUUUUUUUUUCAGUUAGGUCAGUAAUAAAAAUAUAAGAGAAACCUGCUUAUAAGGCAACGCAAUGGAUUGAGACAAUUCAAUAGCUCCUUUCGGAUUGGCGAAGCUAGUUUCGCAGACGACGAAAAGAUAGAGAAUGAGACACCUGGAACUAAUCGGCUUAAUAACCGUCAUCGGUUUCGCGAGUGCGUUACCCAACGGAUUUCAGCCGGAUAACUAUCCGCAAAACCAAGUGAACGCGUGGGAUCAGGCCUGUCGCAGUUUCCAGCAGUUUUCUCUGCAAACACAAGCGGCUCAGAGUCAAUAUUUUUCACAAAAUUUCCCGCAAAUUGGAUUACCGCCACUUCCGUUCGUGGAUGUGUGCUCUCAGUUCCCCGGAGCCGCUGCCGGUGGUGCAGGAUUCAGCCAUACCGGGGCCGGUGCUGCUGCGGGAAGCUCCGGAUUUGCCACUAACAAUCGUUUCGGCGGAGCUGGCGGCGGCGGUGGUAACGGCUUUCAUGGCGUAAGUGUCAGUUCGGGCACAUUCCCCAACGGACAGUCGGGCUUUGCCACUAAUAAUCGCUUUGGCGGAGCUGGCGGCGGCGGUGGUAACGGCUUCCAUGGCGUUAGUGUGAGUUCGAGUAACUUGCCUGGUGCUGGUACGGUAGUGUCCGAAUUUGGACCUGGCGGUCAAACUGUCACACAUUAUCCGAAUGGCGGAGGAUUUGCAACCGGAAACAGAUUUGGCGGUGCAGGUGGUGGAGGCUCUGGUGGAAGCUAUGGUGGAGCAAGCUUCAGCUCCUUCGGAUUCCCUGGUGCAAGUGGAGGCUUUGCGUCGGCGAACCGAUUUGGUGGAAACGGAGCUAGUGCUUUCGGUUCUAGUCAGCCUAGCGGGGGCAGCUUUGCUACGGCAAGCCGCUUUGGAGGAGAUGGUGGUGCUACAUAUACGUCUCACGGAAAUCACGGUGCCGGCGUAAGCGUUCUCAGCACCGACGACGGUCAAGGCCAUGUACGUACCCAGGUGCACAAACAUCAGUACUAAGUUCGUGACAAACUUGAGUAAAUUAAAUUAUGCUAUUUUCUAUACGUAUGUGCAAAUAAAA